AUGAAUGGAAUAAACGAACGGAACGCAAUGAAUGGAAUAAACGAGCGGAACGCAAUGAAUGGAAUGAGCGAGCGGAACGCAAUGAAUGGAAUAAACGAACGGAACGCAAUGAAUGGAAUAAACGAGCGGAACGCAAUGAAUGGAAUAAACGAGCGGAAUGGAAUGAAUGGAAUAAACGAACGGAACGCAAUGAAUGGAAUAAACGAACGGAACGCAAUGAAUGGAAUAAACGAACGGAACGCAAUGAAUGGAAUAAACGAACGGAACGCAAUGAAUGGAAUAAACGAACGGAACGCAAUGAACACUUUGUAA